ACAUGUUAAGUGGGUGCUACUAUAUAACUCUGCUCCUGGUCCUCCACUCGGGAUAUCGACAGGGAGAAAGAUCAACUUCAAGCGGACUUUUAAGCGACAUCAGGAUUAAAAGGAUGGUGGCAACAUCAGACUGUGGGGAAAAGGCCAAACACGGAACCAAGGUUUCAAAACCACUCAUGGAGAAAAAGCGAAGAGCGCGAAUAAACCAGUGUCUGGACGAAUUGAAAUCGCUUCUGGAGAGCUACUACAGCAGCAGUAUUCGAAAGCGCAAGCUGGAGAAAGCCGACAUCCUGGAGCUCACAGUGACACAUCUGAGGAACCUCCAAAAGAUACAGAACGCUUCCGUCGGUGCUUCUGAGUGUCGUGAUUACCAACUGGGCUUCCGUAGCUGUCUUGUAAACGCAAAUGAGUACCUGCUGUUGGCAGAUCAGCUGAACGGAAGUGGGCCCUGGACGCAGCUCUCCAGCAAACUGUACCGCUUUCAACGUAGAGGUGAAGCCUCCAGCACCACGGACAGCGACCCAGGCCACCCCGACGCCCUGGAGGAAGCGCGGAACCCACGACUGCAGUGUUUAAAUGGACAUGAAGAAAGCAAACCGGUUCAACCUACACUUACGAAACCUCAAACGGCUCACACAGUUUCCUCUUCACCCAGUGUAGACAAGUAUCAGUUAUUUGAGUCCAAACCGAAUGAUGUUUUGGGGGAGAAAAUUCCCGCCAGAAGCAUAGAGCCCGAGAGCGUCAGUCACAAGAUCCCAGAGUUCGUCAGCCUUGGGCAAGAAGCUGAGAACAAAGAGCUCAAUGUGUGGCGGCCUUGGUGAACUGAUAGGAACCUGGAUGUUUAUAAUUGCACUAUGCCUUUUUGAAAUUCAUUUUAAAACAAUGUAUGUAUCAUUUUGUUAAUAAAAAUUGUAAAAUAGGGAUUAAUUUGUAUAAUAAAA